AUGGGCGGCCCAAAAGAGCAAACGCACGCGGCAGAAAUUCCUUAUUCACAGGCACAAGAUGAAGUUGAAGCAGCCGCUCGUUCCAGGUUUGAACAGAACAGAGAGAAGUUCGAAGAGCUCUUUGUCCGAAAUGUGAAAUUACGCGAGCAGGAAAAGCUCCAAGCCAAGAGAAAUAUCGAGAGGCAGAAUAUCAAUCUAGGUGCCCCGGAAAAUCUGAAGAAGUUCUUGAAGAAGUGCAAGGCAGUCUCAGCUGGACUCAAACUUGGUCCAGUGCCAGAAGACAUGAUCCCUAUACUGUCGAGAGCUCCCGAAAAGCAGCCGCAAAUAGAUGUAUCAGACGGUGCUGCGGUGAGUGUUGAAAGCGAGAGCGCACACCGCGACACCACAGAUACAGAACUCGAUCCGCAGCUUUCCGGUGAAGAUUCAAAACCAGAAGAGUCGCCGGAAGAGGAUUCAGUCACCAAUCUGGAAAAUGCCACCUCGCGCAAUAUUCAGAUAGCAUGCAAAGUCCUACAACUCCGGGCCCGCAUCCAAGCUGUUACGCAAGUAACAGAUGAUGAGGAAAAGAACGACAUGUUUGCAGAGAUUGCAUUAACUAAACUCAGACUGGAACUCACGCGACUGAAUUCCCCGACCGAGGUCCUCGCCUGGCUGGAUUGGUGCUUGUCCGAGAAUGGUGACGAGAUUGGAGACGGAUUGAAGAGUCUACUCGAACAAGACCUGGCUACAGAUCCACUCGUUCAAAGUCCAGCUUUGGAACAAGAAGCCCGUCAAAUUGAUCCCCGGAACCAAGCUGGAAGGAAGUUACCUCGCGUCUUGGAGAAAAUGUCAGGUUUUAUAUUUGACAUGGAGUUACAGCGACUCAAGUCCAUCGGUGAGCCCAAUCAUUGGUCGAUAAGACUCAUAACUUGGAAAGGCUUUGAGAUUGGAGCCGAUAUAGAAACACCGGUCGAAGGUGGAGAGGCAUCGAGUUCUUUGCCGAGCCUGACAACAGACGAAAACGGAGAGACGACAGUUCACACGCUGAAGCGGAUGAAGAUUGUGCCCCGACACCUACCUGAUGUACUGCUUAGCCUCAAGGACAUGCUUCCCAGAGAUGAGCGAGACCUAAUCACGAACAAAGGUCCGAACGGGGAGGACAUGUACGCUGUCAGAUGUUGGCAUGUAGUAUCGUCGAAAGGGUCUACACAGACAAUCCUGGAGGUUUCAAUUAAAAAGCUUGACGAUAGCAUGGCGGGUGCCUGA